CUGAGUUGGCAUUCCCAAAAUGAAACCAAAUUCCGAAACAGAAUCUCUCUCUCUCUCUUAAAUGCCGUUCAAGUAUGAGAAUCCCGCAAAAGUCUUUAAUUUUCCCACCAAACACAGAUGUCAAAUCCCCAAAAAACUUGAUUUCUCAGAAGGAAGAGAAGGAUUGGGAAAGGAAUCGAGGGUGAUCUGAGCUAUGAGUGGCGGAAAUCCGUCGGCGCCGGCUCAGUCAUCUUGGACUUGGGUGGAGAACAAGGUAUUUGAGCAGGGCCUCGUGCAGUUCCCCGAUGAAACGCCGGACCGGUGGAACAAGAUCGCCGGGCUUCUGCCGGACAAGUCGCCGGCGGAGGUGCAGCAACACUUCGAGGCAUUGCUACACGACGUGAAUCUGAUCGAAUCAGGCCAGAUCGAAGUCCCCUGUUACGCGGAUUUACCGCCGGUGAUGUCGGACCCGGCAGCGAAGUCCAAAAAGAAAGCGAGUCCCUGGUCGAAAGAAGAGCACAGGUUGUUUCUGCAUGGUCUUGACAUUUACGGGAAGGGAGAUUGGAGGAGCAUCUCAAGGUACGCAGUGGUUUCAAGAACUCCAACCCAAGUGGCCAGCCAUGCCCAGAAAUACUUCAUUCGCAAGAACGCCAAGAAGAAUGAGAGGAUGAGGUCCAGCAUCCACGACGUCACCAUCGACUGCAGCCUCCGCGCUCAGCCGCCGUCGCCGGCGCAGGCAUUUCAGUGUUCACCCCCCUAAACCUGUUUCCCUGCGGCUUCCUUUGUCGCAAUGAUGGUAGUAGGAUAGUUUUUUUUUUUUUCUGUAUGGUGAUCCAAUCCUGUUCAUUUUGCCAUGGGAUUUCAUUGUAUAGCAGUAUUUUUUUUUUUUUUUUCUUUAGAUUUUUUCGUUUUCUCUAGAUAUGUUUUUGGUAGUCUUUCCAUCAAUGAUUUAAUUUUUGGUAUGUCUGAAUAAAUAUUUUUAUGAUCGUGGUCAUUUAAAUGCACAUGGUAAUAAAGUUAUAGUGGAUGUCA